UCUGAUGCGGUGAAAAUCCGCGGGAAGUUUGGGGUCAGCACAGGUCAAGUUUUUCCAGGCCAUCGUUUGAUUCCUGAGAAGAUCUUUGUCUUAGAUUAUCAAACUUACGCCUCAAAAGAAGCUCUGUUUCUCACUACGAAGCACUCGACACGUUUCUAAGCCGUACCGAGAGUGGUAUAAGACCAGUAUUGUUGACAUGAUUAAGUUACAGCAUCCAGUCCACACCAUGAGCGGGACAGGCGAUCAGCCCCCCUCCCCCGUGGCCGGCCCCAGUAGCGACAGCGCCGCCCCCAGCACGAGCACCAGCGUGGAGCCCUCCCCGCUCGCCGUGUUCCUGGAGUGGAAGAAACGCGUCAAGUCGGAGUACAUGAGGCUCAGGCAGCUCAAGAGGUUCCGCAGGGCAGAUGAGGUCAAGAUGGUUUGGGGAGCCAACAGAGGGAAUGUGGACAUGGUCCUGCGUCGACAGGCAGAACGGUUGGAGGAGAAACCCCUGCAGCACCUCAGCAGUCCCGCCAUGUUCGACCACAGUCCUAUCACCAGACAGGUCUGUAUCUAUCUGUAUCUAUAUAUUAGCCAGUAUAGCCAGCCAGCGUAACACACCAGCUCAGCA